CGCUGCCCCCUCCCCCUCCCCUCACUUCCGGAAGGGAAACCGCGUGGCUGGAGGCCGAGUUCGGUGGGAGCAAAGAGCGGAAAGAGGAAGGAAGGAAGGAAGGAAGGGAGGGAAGAAGGAAGGAGGGAAACGAUCAGUCUAUGGAGUCACAUUUGUCAUGACGGGAAACAAUUCAACAUCUAGCGGAUAUUGAAGAACUUGGAAUUCCAAAGUGCAGGAAGGAAACCAGUCCUAUAGGAAGAAGAAAUGUUCCAGAGAUGCUGAUCUGGCUGAACUCUUCACCUCACUCAAAGUUCAGAAAGGGAAACAUGGAGAAGAAAGCAUAUAAAUGUACUGAAUGUGGGGAGAUCUUUAGUCAGCAGGAAAAACAGCAGAUACAUGAAAGGACUCACACCGGUAAGAAGCCCUAUGCAUGCCUGGAAUGUGGAAAGAGAUUCACGCAGAGUAGAGAUCUACGGUCACAUCAGAGAACUCACACUGGGGAGAAACCCUUUAAAUGCCUGGAGUGUGGAAAGAGCUUUGCUCAGAGUGGAAGUCUAUGUUCACAUCAAAGAACUCACACUGGGGAGAAACCCUUUAAAUGCCUGGAGUGUGGAAACAGCUUUGCUCGGAGUGGAAGUCUACGUUCACAUCAAAGAGCUCACACUGGGGAGAAACCCUUUAAAUGCCUGGAGUGUGGAAAGAGCUUUACUCGGAGUGGAAGUCUACGUUCACAUCAAAGAGCUCACACUGGGGAGAAACCCUUUAAAUGCCUAGAUUGUGGGAAGAGCUUUGCUCGGAGUGGAGAUCUACGUUCACAUGAAAGAGCUCACACUGGGGAGAAACCCUUUAAAUGCUUAGAUUGUGGAAAGAGCUUUGCUCAGAGUGGACAACUACGUUCACAUCAAAGAGCUCAUACUAGGGAGAAACCCUAUGAAUGCCAGGAGUGUGGAAAAAUCUUUCCUCGGAGUGAACAUCUACGUUCACAUCAGAGAACGCACACUGGGGAGAAACUCUAUGAAUGCCCGGAGUGUGGAAAGAGCUUUCCUCGGAGUGAACAUCUACGUUCACAUCAAAGAACUCACACUGGGGAGAAACCUUAUGAAUGCCGGGAAUGCGGAAAGAGCUUCACUCACAGUACAAGUCUACAUAGACAUCAAAGAACUCACACUGGAGAGAAACCCUAUAAAUGCCAGGAGUGUGGGAAGAGCUUUCCUCGGAGUGAACAUCUACGUACACAUCAGAGAACGCACACUGGGGAGAAACCCUAUGAAUGCCCGGAGUGUGGAAAGAGCUUUCCUCGGAGUGAACAUCUAUGUCCACAUCAGAGAUCACACACUGGGGAGAAACCCUAUGAAUGCCCGGAGUGUGGAAAGAGCUUUUCUCGGAGUGAACAUCUACGUUCACAUCAAAGAACUCACACUGGGGAGAAACCUUAUGAAUGCCUGGAAUGCGGAAAGAGCUUCACUCAUAGUACAAAUCUACAUAGACAUCAAAGAACUCACACUGGAGAGAAACCCUAUAAAUGCCAGGAGUGUGGGAAGAGCUUUGCUGAGAGUGGAAAUCUACAUUCACAUCAAAGAACUCACACUGGAGAGAAACCCUUUAAAUGCCUGGAGUGUGGAAAGAGCUUUGCGCGUCAUGCAAAACUGUAUUUACACCAAAGAACUCACACUGGUGAGAAACCCUUUAAAUGCCAGGAGUGUGGGAAGAGCUUUGCUCAGAGUGGAAAUCUACGAUCACACCAAAGAACUCACACUGGUGAGAAACCCUAUCAAUGCCUGGAGUGUGGAAAGAGAUUUGCUCAGAGUGAACCUCUCCGUUUACAUCAGAGAAUUCACACUGGGGAAAAACCCUGUGAGUGAAAGAGGUUCACUCACACUGGAGAUCUAUACAAACAUAAUAGAACUCACACAUUGUAAGUAAAUGCCUGGAAUGUGAAAAGAGCUUUACUGAGAGUGGAGCAUUCAACUUAAAAUAUACAAAUAUGCAAACAUUGAGACAGGAUGGUUUAUAACUGGGAAUUUUAAAUCUAUUCCAAGUUUAAAAAGGAGUGAAUUUUCCUGUUAGUCCUAUUUCUCUCACUUCUUGUCUCACCUCAGUUCUUAACUAUGAGUCCUUUGUAAGUGAGACGUUUGCAACUCAGGGUUUGCCUAUACGUGCUUAGAGUGUGGAAAGAGCUUUGCUUAGACUCAACAUCUCCAUUCAUGUGAAAGAACUCAAACUGAGGCUCUCCCCAUGUUACAAACAAGAAAGGUUUGGUAGGUUUAUUCUUAAGUUCAAUUUGUAUAUGGGUCAGAACAGGUAUAUUUUAAGUGUAAUUCCAGUCAGUUUUUGUUUAGUUCUGAUAGUACAGUAAAAUUAACUUUUCCUUGCUGCCUUUGUCCCUAUUUAGAAGAUUUCUCCUCAUGUUUUAUCCCUAUCACAACUGGAUUUUGAAAAUAUUGGGUUGCGAUGAAAAUGAGGCCUUUCACAUGACAACUUUUGCAAGAGUGAAUUUUGCUUCUUAGGGGUAAUUUCCUCUCACAUCCUGUUGGCUCAAGAACAAGAAGAUAAAUUAAAUCUUUCUACAGAGGAUAGAGAUAGCAGAAAAAAUCUCACAGUGACUCUAUUGCCACACCAUAAUGACCAAAACUAAAAUUUCCAUGGAGUUCUGCUUCAAAUGCAGGUAGUCCUGAGUGGGGGAUAAUGAUGUGUUUUAAAGUAGUUGCUGCAACUUCCUCCACUGGUUUGACAGUUCUGGGGAAUGUUUUGGGCCAGUCCAUCAUGUUGCCCAUUAACACCAACCAGUGCCGGUAUCUCCCACUCCAGAAAGGAGUCUACAAGAAGAAUAAUAAGAAUAAUAAACUUUAUUUAUACCCCCGCCACCAUCUCCCCAACGGGGACUCGGGGUGUCUUACAUGGGGCUAUGCCCAGAACAAUACAAUAUAACAGAAUAUAAAAAGAACAAGAAAUCGUAACACAUUGAACAAUACAAUAAAUGAUAAUAUAUAUUACAACGCAAAAUCAGAAGAACAAUAAAAACAAGGGUGGGCCACAUGAACACUAAGUUAAAACUCGGGGUGAGAAAGAAAUAAGAAUAAAAACCACAAAGAACAGGGUCAUAAAAUGGUGGUGCAAUCUGCAGAAUCAAUGGAACCAACUACUACAGAGAAAAAAAAAUAGGCAAAUUCAGAAACGAUCAAUUUCUUCUGAAAGAUUUUACAAUUGGGGAGGGGAGAAAGAGGACAACCCAUGAUUCUCUGAAGAAGUGGUGACCCUUUGGAGUGCCUUCCUAUCUGCCGCUGUGCAAUUUAUUUAUUUAUUUAUUUAUUUAUUUUAAUUUAUAUACCGCUCUUCUCCCCCAAGGGGACCCAGAGCGGUCUUACAUAAUGGCAAGAUUAAUGCCACAUAUAAUACAAAACUAUGUUACCAAACUAUGUGCAGAUGCAGGAGGUUAGGACACUUUUUCCUCUAUGGCACAAUGGGAGAAAGUCACCAGAAGUUUUUCAUUCCGUUGGUGGUUCCUCAGAAGUCUUAGCGAGUACAAUCUCUGCUGGGCCCUUUUCCCCAACACUGCCAGAUGAAUGCUGCCCCAGGUCAGAUCCUCCUUCACAAGAACACCCAGGGACUUACCAUCCACCACCUGCUCCACUUGGUCCCCAUUUGUAACCAAGGACUGGAUUUCUGGUCUGUUCUUUUCUGUAGUCCACUAUGAGCUCCUUGGUCUUGUUGAUGUUCAGAACCAAGUUAUUGUCCCUGCACCACGAGACCAGCCGAUCUGCCUCACCCUGAUAGGCAGAUGCCCGGUAAUGAUAUUGCUAUGAUGGAUGGGGGUGAACUCUUUCUACUGGGAUUAUUAGACAAAUAGACACUGAAACACCAAACAUACCAACGCCAAAAGAUUGGAUUACCAUUUUUUUUGAAAUGGCCGAAAUGGAUAAAUUAACGUCAGCUCUACAAGAAACAAAUACACAUACACAGAAACUUCAAGAAGAAUGGAACCCCUUUACUGCAUGUAUAAAGAACCAAAGGGAGAGGACCACAGCAGGAUUAGUGGACUAAAAUAAUAUUAAUAAUACAUAGGUACGUUUUGUACUUUUUAUACACUCUGUGUUCAAGAGACUUUAGAUCAGGGGUCCUCAAGCUUUUAAAGCAGAGGGCCGGUCCACAAUCCUUCAGACAGUUGAGGGGCCGAAUUAUCAUUUGGAAAAAAAACCGGACAAAUUCCAAUGCACAUUGCACAUGUCUUAUUUGUAGUGCAAAACAACAACAAUGAAUGAACAAUACAAUAUAUAAAAAUAAAAACAAUUGUAACCAGCAUAAACCUAUCAGGAUUUCAAUGAGAAGUGUGGGCCUGCUUCUGGCCAAUGAGAUAGUCAAAUUAAUUAGGAUUGUUGUUGUUGUGUGCCUUCAAGUCAUUUCAGACUUUGGGCGAGCCUAAGUCUAAAAUUAUUUAUUUAUUCAUUUACUACAUUUAUAUCCCGCCCUUCUCACCCCGAAGGGGACUCAGAGCAGCUGUAUGUACAUAUAAUAUAUUAUAUUAUUAGCAUAGCACAAUAUUAGCAUUAUAUAUUACUAUAUUGAACGAUACCACUAUACUGUAAUAUUAUAUGUAAUAUAUAACAAAGAAUUAAUAUUAUUAUAUGGUAUUAUUAUUAGUAUUAUAUUGUAUAACAUUAUAUUAUAUUAUUUAAAAUGAUAUAAAAUAUUAUAUUAUAAAACUGAGGGCGGGGGCCCGGUAAAUGACCUUGGAGGGCCACAUCUACGCUCGCCACUUAUAUAAUAGGCUCCUAGACUGGUUGGACUCCGAAAAAGUAAUAGGUGAGGAACAGGCAGGCUUUAGAAAAGGGAGGUCUACCAUAGACCACUGCAUUGUCCUAAACCACCUUGCGGAAAAAUGCCCCUACAAGGGACUAUUUACCGCUUUCAUCGAUCUAAAAGCCGCGUUUGACUCAGUCCCAAGAAAUUUGCUGUGGCAAAAACUGCAGGAGACCACAAUCGACAAAAGGUUGCUCUGGCUGAUCAAGAGCUUAUACUCAGACACUACAACGCAAGUAAGAUGUGUGCAAGGCAGCCUCUCAAAACCAAUAGCUGUCAAUAGAGGGGUGCGCCAGGGCUGUAUCCUGGCCCCUAUUCUGUUUAAUUUAUACCUGAAUGACUUGGUCACCAAUGUUUCACUACCAAAUGGACAUCCCCCUAAAAUCUCAUCCACCAAUAUACCCCUAUUGCUGUAUGCAGAUGAUGCUGCCCUCAUAUCCUACACCAUGGUAGGACUCAAGCGAGUGCUGAGGGCAUUCUACGAAUACUGCGAGAAAAAUCAGCUAAAGAUAAACUACAGUAAAACCAAAAUCAUGAUUUUCUCAAAAAAGCGAGCCAGACAUAACUGGUAUAUAGGAGAAAACUUAAUACAACAAGUUUCUUCCUUUAAAUACCUGGGGGUGACCUUUCAGGCCUCAGGUUCCUGGGGAUGUCAUCAAAAAAUGGCAAUACAAAAUGCUUUAUCCAGUAGUAAAGCUAUAAUACGCUUUUUCUACACAAAAGGUGGUCAAUAUAUCCCUGCUGCAAUAAAGGUUUUCCAAGCUAAAGUAACAGCCCAGCUACUUUAUGCAAUUCCCGUAUGGAUCACAGGCUUCUCAUCCAAAGCUGAACAAGUUCAGUCAGGGUUCCUUAGAAAACUGUUCGCUGUCCCCAAUUGUGUUCCAUCUGCUGUUUUAAGACUUGAAUCAGGAACAGCCUCAUUGGAAUCAACAGCUUGGAGAAGGGCCCUAGGAUAUUGGACUGAGAGGAUGUACAAAGGACCUGAAGCAGGAUAUAUAUAUUUGAUUCAAAAAGACCUCUUCCAAUCCCACCAAAUCAAAGCAUUAAAUGAGAAGUUUAGGCGGUUGGGGCUUUCAGAGAACAUACUGAGGGGUUUUGAGUAUAAAAAGACUGUGAAGAUCUUAGCAGAACGAAUUAGCGACAUAGACAAACAGACCUCAAUGACUCGGGCGCGCUCCACAUGCUCCCCAUUGACUCUGGGCCUAACAUUUAAUUCUAUGGGAGGUGCUAAAUAUCUAGACAAUUUAAAUAUCCCAAAAUUUCACCUUGCUUUUAGCUGGGCCAGAUUUAAUGCACUCAAAUCAGCCAUACUAGAGGGUAGAUAUAAAGGCACUGAAUAUGAACAAAGAGCAUGCCCUUGCGGGGAGGGUAACCUCAAAACUGUAACACAUGUACUUUUUAUCUGUACAAUUUACAAAGAUGAUAGAUUAAGAUUAAUAUCCCCUCUACUCACUAAAUGGCCAGGAAGAACGCUAAAUUGGUACCGCAGCUAUUUACUGUCCGAUCUUGAUAAAAGGGUAACGGAGCAGGUAGCCAAAUUCCUCUUUUCAGCGGCAAAAAGCCGUAAGGGCUUCAUGAAAAAUCUGUGUUGAGAGUAUAACGAAGAGUAUCUAGGGGACAGUUUACUAAUCUGUAAUCAGUUUUUGUUUCAGAUUAUAAAGAUAGCCAAAUAACCAAUAGAGAUUGGAGAUACUUGUUAUUAAGCAUAAGCCAAAUGCAAUGUCAUAAAUUACUCAAAUGUUGUAUUCCAUCAUUGCACUGUAACUUGAUCCUAGCCAAUGGUUUGUUGACCGAAAUAAAGGCUACUGACAUAGUGAA